AGCUCGCCCCCAUCGCCAGCAUCUGACCGGCCGGGCCUAUGUGUUUACGCAACGCGCCCGCGCCCUGCGUUUUGGCAGCACACAGGGCGGAGCGUGACACGGGUGCGCGUCAUCGCUGUCUCACGUGAGGGGGCAGGUGCGCACCCGUGACCGCGGCCAUUGUUCAACUUUUGCUCCCGCGUCAGAUCGUGUCUCGCAGGUGUCGCUUGACCUGCGCCAUCGAAUUAUCAUGCCGCUAAGCUGGGAACUUGGGUACGGAGCUGGGCCCGACGCCCUGUGUGCGCCCAGGUGGAUAUAUACCGCGCCGCCCCGACUCUGAAGCCGACGCGUCGCUCACCAUGCCUUCCGACUCGCCCUCCCUCAAGAAAGCCGACUCGUACGACAUCGAGCACCAUGAGCACGCCCCGGACCUGAACAAGAACCUCAAUGCGCGGAUCCGGAACCCAUUGAAGGGCAUCCCCCGCGAGAAGCUCUUCAGUCAAGUCGCGGACUUUUGUCAAGAGCACGGCUUCCAGGACCGCGUGCGCACCUUUGAGAAGGCCGCGCUGGUUGCGCAGGACCCUCGCUCCUUCGAGAGCAUCGCGGACCUCGACGAGUCGGACAAGUACCAUCUCCGGCGCGAGACGACGCACAAAUGGCACCUGCCGAGGGCUCUAUACUUCACGAUCUUUGUCACGUCUCUCGGGUCCGCCAUUCAAGGAUGGGACAACACAGGCGCGAACGGAGCGAACCUCUCCUUCCCCGUCGAGUUUGGCAUCGACCACAACCAAUGGCUCACUGGCUUUGUCAACUCUGCCCCAACCGUCUCCGGCCUCUUCUUCACCUGGCUCAGCGACCCCGCCAACAGUCUCAUCGGCCGCCGCGGUUGCGUCUUCCUUACCGGUCUCUUCUGCAUUUUCCCCGUCCUCGGCCAGGCCUUCACGCGCAACUGGUGGGAGCUCGCCAUCUGCCGCCUCCUCCUCGGUGCCGGUAUUGGCAUCAAGAUCGCCACCAUCCCCAUCUACACCGCGGAGACCGCGCCCGCGAAUAUCCGCGGCGGCCUCGUCAUGAGCUUCCAGAUGUGGGUGGCAUUCGGAAUAUUCAUUGGGUUCUGCAACAACCUGAUCUGGAUGAAUAUUGGGAAGAACGCCUGGCGCUUCAUGCUCGCCGCCGCUUUCGCGCCCGCCAUCCCCGUCGUGAUCUUUGUGUGGUUCUGCCCUGAAUCCCCGCGCUGGCUCCUGAAGAAAGGCCGCAUGCAAGCCGCCUUCAGCUCCUUCUGCCGCCUGCGUAACUCGGAGCUGCAGGCUGCGCGCGAUUUGUACUACGCCCACUGCCAGCUCGAGGAGGAGAAGGCCGCGUUCGCGGGCACGACGUACGCGAAGCGCUUCCGGGAACUCUUCACUGUCGGCCGGCUGAGGCGGGGCACGCUGGGAGGCUUCAUCGUCAUGAUCGCGCAGCAGUUCUCCGGCAUCAACAUCAUGGCGUUUUACUCGUCGACCAUCUUCUCGGACGCUGGCUACGACGCCAAGUCCUCGCUGUUGUUCUCGAUGGGCUAUGGGUUGAUCAUGUUCUUGAUGGCCUUCCCCGCCCUCUACACCAUCGACACCUUCGGCCGGCGCAAUCUCCUUCUCUUCACCUUCCCGAACAUGGCGUGGUGUCUGUUCGCCGCCGCGGGCUGCUUCCAGAUGAACGAGGGCAACUCGGCGCGCCUGCCGCUCAUCGCGUUCUUCAUCUAUUUGUUCACCGCGUUUUAUUCUCCGGGUAUCGGCCCCGUCCCCAAUGUCUACGCCGCGGAGUGCUUCCCGCUGUCGCACCGCGAGAUCGGCAUGGGCUGGUCGAUCUUCAUCAACAACACGUUCUCGACGAUCCUCAGCCUGACGUUCCCCUCGCUGCUCAAGGGCGCGGGCUCGACGGGCGCGUUCUGCCUCUACGGCGGGCUCAACAUCCUCGCCGCGGUCAUGAUCUUCCUCGCGCUCCCGGAGACGAAGCAGCGGACGCUGGAGGAGCUCGACUACAUCUUCGCGGUGCCGACGCGCAGGCAUGCGGCGUAUCAGGUGAGGACGUGGGCGCCGUGGUUCGUAAGGCGGUAUGUGCUGUGGAGGAAGGAUGCAGUGCUGGAGCCGCUGUACCAUUUGGAGGGCGUGGCGGGGGAGGACUCGGAGGAAAUGAUGCCGGAGGCGUGGCAUUAGGUGGUGGUUGGCUUGAAGUCCGCUGUCGCUUCGGUGGAUGCACAGCGGCCUUCGAGUGCAGGAAAGGGACUGACUGUACUAUUAUCGCUUCACUUCGACUUCUUGACCCGACCGUUCAUUCAUUCGCACUGUACACAUACUUCUCUAUAGUG